AUGCAGAACGGAACCGCGAACGGCCACCACGUCGUACGGCCUCUAGUGCCCGGCAUCUUCGCCCCAAUCCCGACGUUCUACCAGCCGGAGACGGAGGAUCUCGAUCUCGAGACACUCGCGAAACAUGUCGUGCGUGCGGCCAAGGGGGGCGUGCGCCCACUGCUCGCUGGGUCGAUGGGCGAGGGCGUGCACUUGACGCACAGCGAGCGCGUUGCGCUCAUUAAGGCUGCGCGGGUAGCGUUGGACGAGGCAGGCUUCGAGACGAUGCCGAUCAUCGCUGGUACGGGUACAGGGAGUACGCGUGAAACGGUCGAGCUGUGCAAGGAGGCUGCAGCAGCGGGUGCGGACUACACAAUCGUCAUCACAAGCGGAUACUUCGCCGGCGUGCUCGGCAGUCACAAGAAGGCGCAGAAGGCGUUCUUCAAGGAGGUCUCGGAGAAGAGCCCUAUUCCUGUGAUCAUCUACAACUACCCUGGUGCGAGCGGAGGCAUUGACCUCGAUUCGGAUACUAUCACGGAACUGGCAGCAGAGUGCCCCAACCUUUGUGGUGUGAAACUCACCUGCGGAAACGUAGGUAAGCUCACGCGGAUCUGCGCAACAGUUUCCGAGGAUUCAUUCUCUUCGCUGUAUCCCCGGACAAACGCGAACGCUCCGUUCCUUGUCCUCGGCGGGUUCGUCGACUUCCUCCUCCCUGCAUCGUAUGCCAACGCGCAUGGCGCCAUCACCGGUCUGGGCAAUGUCGCUCCCUACACGCUCGUCAAACUCUACGAGUUGACCGUGGCCGUCCACAAAGAUCCGUCACUCCUCCCGGAGGCCCAACGCCUCCAGGGCAUCGCUGCCCGCGCAGACUUCACCAUUGCCAAGGCAGGCAUCUCCGGAACGAAGGCUCUCAUGGAGAAGCUGUACGGCUAUGGUGGUCUCCCGCGCAAACCCCUCCCGCCCAUCGAGCCUGAGGCCUUUGAGGCGCUCUGGGCACAUCCCCACGUCCAGGAUAUCGUGAAGGUUGAGCGAGAACUCAACGGCAAGAGUGCACCAUAG